AGGCUGGAGCCUGCGGAUGUGAGCGCUUCCAACGUCACGCUCUGACCGGCUGCCUUCCAGCGCAGAGCAGGGCCAGCAGCGCGCCCCCGUGUGCUCCUCAGCUACCGAGCCUGACACGCACAAAAACAUCCCGAAAAUAACGAGUCGGGGAGAGGCAGCUUCCUCAUCUGGGCAGCAGAAGUGGGAUUUGUGAAUGAUUUCCUCCCGGGGUUGAGGGCUUGAUGCAAAUGAGCACAAAGGAAGUUGUCAGCAGCACCAUGCGCUGGCCAAUCGCAGGGAAGCUCCAUCUUAGCUGUGCCAUAGGCUGCGUUAAAACAGGGAACGGCACGGCGCUCUUUCAGCAUCCUUUCAGACAAGAGAUCAGCCUGGCUUACAGUACCAAUUUAAAUCGUGCUACUCCGGUCUGGCGCAGCAGCGAUGACAGCCAGGAGCUGCUACGUGCCUGCCUUGCCCCAGCCAAGCCUGAGCUGACCACCACCCUGGAGGAGCACCAGCUCAGCUGUUCAGUUCAGCGCAGCCUCCCCAGCCCCCAAAUCUGUGACAGGGAAUACGUUAAGGCAACUCUGCGAGAAUGGCAACCCUCAACGCCACUCACUGGAACGAGACCACCUCCAUCUACCAGUACCUGGGCUUCCAAGUGCAAAAAAUUUACCCCUUCCACGAUAACUGGAACACUGCCUGCUUUGUUAUUCUGAUCAUAUUCAUCUUUACUGUCGUCUCUCUGGUGGUGCUGGCAUUCCUCUACGAACUGCUAGACUGUUGCUGCUGUGUGAAAAACAAAACUAUGAAAGACUUGGAGAACGAGCCCAACCCUGUUAGAGCGAUGAUGAACAGCUUCAGAAAGCGCGAAACAGAGGUGGUGUAGGAAGGACUGAUCAUCAGCACUUGAACAACGUUUAACACCUUGAACAAAUCCUCUUGUACCUUACCAACGAGCAAGUCCCAUGUGUUUUUUCGUUUCUUUUGGACUUAAAUGUAAUAGCAGCAGCUCCCAUUUCAUCUCUGGAUGUGAACUUGAACAAUUAGCAAAGGCGUUCUGAGUGCUUAGCAAAAGGAUGAUCUGUUGCGAUGUAAUGGUGGAAGAAAAUUUCUUUGUUUUUAAAUGCAUUUCUGUUGUUCAUGUUGAGUUACUAGAGUAGGUCCUUGUCUACCUGAACGAACAAACGCUGCUUAACAUGCAUAAAGCGAUGCUGCUUAACUGGAAAAAAUCAUUUGUAGAAAUGCUCAGCAACGUGAUCAGAGCACAACGGCACAGCACUGGCCUCCCCCUGAGGCCAGCCAUACAGGGACAAGACAGACUUGUAAGGGAUGAGGGGAAGAGAGAUAGGAGGCAUCAGGGUUUAAAGGCAAGAGAUCCCAUGAGACGGGGGGGGGGCUCGUGUGAGUUCUUGCCUUUGGCAGCUUUUACUACAGGUUCCUUGCUCUAAAAAAAAUAGGAUGGUGGGGGGAAAGCAAGCCAGCAUGAAAGCCAUCCCUAAAAUAGCCUUUGCUAGCCUCCUGUGGUACAAUUUGACCCCUUCUCCCUCCCUUCUCCAGUUCCAGAGAAGUGCUCUUCCCUUCCUUCAUAUUCUGUUGAACAGCUUCUGGGUGUCAAGACACUGCAGUACCGUAACUCCCAUUAUUUCCCCAAAAGCACACUGAAUUAGGACUGUGGUCUAGAAGAAUCAGGGUCACCUUUCUGUCCCCAGGCUGCUGUGCCACCUGUGACGCUACAGGGAACCUGAAGUGCUGGACGUGUCAGUCCCACCUCAGCUUUUCAAAGCUGAACUGCAGCUGACCGAGUCCUUGCCACAACGCAGCGCAGGCUGCAGAUCUCCCCUCACUGAGGACAUCCCCUCCCAGCCAGCACGCAGCUUGCAGGUGGCCACACGCCUCACAGAGGAGGCCACAUCACGAUAACCCCCGCACUAGAGAUGGUGGGAUGGAUGAGCAGCAAGACGUGGCUUUGUUUUGCACAAGAGACCCUCAGAGAAGUUCAUCAGCCUGCGGACGCAUCCCAGAGUUGGACCCCUCACGCCUCUCUUUCUCACAAACCGACCGCAGAAAACCUGCACCAUCAGCUUUUGCCUCUAGCUCACCAAAUCAUCCUUCUGUGCUGCGUGGCAUCUACAGUUUUUAAAAGAGGAAAGUUUUGCCUUUACAAAUUACAGCUGUAAUGAUGACGCCCAAAUGCGUAGCCCUCUGUAUGACCCGAGUCUCUCACUGCUGGACACACAGAGAAAAGCAAGCCAGUGAGAAAUGUCCCAACCAGACCGAAGCUAGGUGUGGGACAAGAUAUUUAACUAUAUAAAACCCAAAUAAUGCUCCUGGCAUUAGGGAAAUAAAGCCCACCUAACGGCCAAACGAACAAGUAAGCUACAACACCAGUCCUGCAGUUUUAUCCCUGCUAGUAAUACCUCCGUGCCACGGCCAGUACCUGUAACGAUAAACUUUUCUGAUAAAGCUUUUUUUGAUGAAAUCCCUCUCAGGUUUCACAUGCCUCAGCAACACAAGAUGUGGGCACACACACUAGAGGACUUGCUGAUUUGACCCACAUCAGAGGGUACCCAGACCACUACUGACCGAGAAGCUCCGUUGAUUCAUCUGGAAGAGCACUCUCCCUUCCUCAGUCACAAACGACACCACUAUCACUGCAAACAUUCACCCCCCACACGCUAACUACUGGCAAGACCGAACGGCGUCAGCCUUGUACGCAGAGAAUGCUUCUAGCUACGAUCAAACUACAAGCACAAUUAAGAGAAGCUGAUGCCCCAGCUACGAGACAAUCGAGGAGUCACCCCCAGACACGCGCCGAAAGUCCCGUUUGUGAUGUCCUCUGGACCGGGGAGCUGCGCAUUUGGCAGCCUGCUGUCCUGCUCACGAGAGGCAAGGGGAGCCGCUGGGACACGCUGGACUAAUGCGCCUCUUUCCUGAAGGCACCCGCUCCAAACACAACAGGACUGCUUUCCACCGGCAGCUCCCCUGCCCAGCGCCAUGCAUGCAGCCAGUUGCACCAGCUUCGUGUCCUCGUGCCCUCCCAGGAGGCACACGCGGGGAGAAGUCUUGGGACCCGCUCCAGCUAAGCGUUUUCACAGGAAGCUGUGUGUCUGCACAAGGAGCAGAAGACAAGAAUCUCCCCUUGCGCAGCCCUCCAGCCUCAGGAGAAUUCUUCCCCUCAGGCGAACUAAGGCAGAGAGGCAAGGCUGUGGAACAGCUCCCAGAGAUUUCAGCUCUUGAUGGCCAGGAUCACUGCCACAAAGGUCUCAAGAGAAAGACUUAACUGUUGAUCAAUAAAAAGAAAUAAACAGAUGUGAUCUAUUUCCUUUAUUUUCCUGUUACGAUUCUGAACUGAAUAAACAAGGCAGCUUUGAAUUUGUCAA